AUGUUUAACAAAUCCUUUGGAACGCCGUUCGGAGGCAGCACUGGCUUUGGGACGACUUCAACCUUUGGACAAAAUGCCGGCUUUGGUACUACAAGCGGAGGAGCCUUUGGAACGUCAGCCUUUGGAUCGAACAAUAACACUGGGGGCCUCUUCGGGGGGACGCAGACAAAACCAGGGGGGUUAUUUGGUUCGACUACGUUUAAUCAGCCAGCCACCUCCUCCACAAGCACUGGCUUUGGCUUUGGCACGUCAACUGGGACAUCAAACAGCCUGUUUGGAACGACCAGCACCGGUGGAGGCCUCUUCUCCUCCCAGAGCAAUGCCUUCGCCCAGAACAAGCCGGCGGGGUUCGGAAACUUUGGAACUAGUACCAGCAGUGGAGGGCUCUUCGGAACCACAAACACCACUUCCAAUCCCUUUGGGAGCACGUCUGGCUCUCUCUUUGGCCCAACUAGUUUUACCGCUGCUCCAACCGGCACGACGAUUAAGUUUAACCCACCGACGGGUACCGACACGAUGGUGAAGUCCGGCGUCAGCACCAACAUCAACACCAAGCACCAGUGCAUUACUGCGAUGAAGGAAUACGAAAGCAAAUCUCUGGAGGAGCUCCGUCUGGAAGACUACCAGGCGAAUAGGAAAGGACCCUCCAACCCCGUAGGAGCGGGAGCAGCUGCAGGCUUGUUUGGGUCUUCUACUGCCACAUCAAGCACAGCUACGGGGCUUUUUGGCUCUUCUACUACCAACACAGGCUUUUCAUAUGGACAGAAUAAAACGGCUUUUGGAACCAGUACGACUGGCUUUGGCACGGGAACGACCGGCGGGCUCUUCGGUCAGCAGUCUCAGACUACGAGUCUGUUUAACAAACCGUUCGGUCAAGCCACGACGACGCAGAACACGGGCUUUUCGUUUGGGAAUACCAGCACUCUGGGGCAGCCGAACACCAGCACCAUGGGUCUCUUCGGGGUAACCCAGCCCUCGCAGCCUGGAGGCCUUUUUGGGACGGCUGCCAAUACGAAUGCUGGUACUGGAUUUGGAACCGGAACUGGACUUUUUGGACAAGCUAACACGGGAUUUGGUGUUGGCGGUUCGACGCUGUUUGGUAACAAGCCUGCCGGAUUUGGGACCACCACGACCAGCGCUCCCUCGUUUGGUACCACCACUGGCGGCGGGCUCUUUGGUAACAAACCAGCUUGGAACACAAACACUUCCAGUUUGGGUACAUAUGAGAAAAGGGGGGGUUUUGGGCACUUUGUCCUGCAUAUGCCACACGCCUGGCUGCUGAAUAGUGUAGGAAUGUUAAAUCCUCAG